AUGCCCGCCGCCGACUUCGCCGCAGCCCAGCAACGCAUAGCCGCCCGCCGCGCCCAACGCGCCCUGCAACAACAGAGCCGCCAGCAUGAAGUGCCCCGGACGGUACGCGCCCUGUCACGGCUGCCCUUUCCCUUUAGCACCAUAUCAACAACGGGCUUCAGCGUCUGGGACGCCAUCAAAGGCCGCACUGGUACACGUCCAGAGUUUCGCGUCGGCCAGGUCGAUGCCGAACUCCUCGACGAGGAACUGCUGAGUCUACUCAAGGGCCAGGUCGGCGAGGGCUUGAAGUACUUUGGCUCCCACAUUACAGACAACUACUCGGCCGAGAUACUGCUGGUACUGAGAGCUAUCCUGUGGAAACUCAGUAUUUGGGACCAGAAUGCGAGUUAUGGCGCCCAUCUACAGGGGCUACGGUAUACCGACGCGAGGAGUAAUGCGCCCAAUCGCCCGCCACCGAAACCGUGGCAGAAGGUGGCCUACGGUGCCAUUACCGUGGGAGGGAGAUAUGCGUGGACAAAGUGGGAAGACUAUCUACUGUCCGCCUCGGAAGACUACACACGCCCCGAGUCGACCAAGUUGAAGAUGCUGGGUAGACUCAGUGAAUUGGCAGGGAGCGCACACGACAUGUUUGGUCUCGCCAGCUUCCUCGUCUUCUUAGUAGACGGCAGAUACAGAACCAUCACCGACAGACUCCUCCGCCUACGUCUCACGCCAACAUCCCAUGCGACAUCUCGAGAAGUCAGUUUCGAGUACUUGAACCGUCAACUCGUGUGGCACGCCUUCACAGAGUUCCUUCUCUUCCUCCUCCCACUGGUCGGCAUAUCGCGCUGGCGUCGCAUUCUAAGCCGCACAUUCCGCAAGUUUCAAUCCACCAUCCUCUCCCUCCUCGGCCGCUCAAAAUCCACCUCCUCGGACAACGACGAAGAAAAAGCCAGUGGCGAACUCGGUUUCCUCCCCGAACGCACAUGCGCCAUCUGCUACCGCGACCAGAACCCCACCACAGCCAGCGAAGCAGACAUACUCGCCUCGUCGGCCGGUGGCGGCGGCGUCGUAGGCUCCGCAGCUACAGACAUCACGAACCCCUACGAAGCCAUGCCCUGCGGUUGCAUAUACUGCUUCGCCUGCAUCGCCCAACGUAUCGCAAACGAAGAAGGCGAAGGCUGGACCUGUCUCCGCUGUGGCGAAACAGUCAAGGAAUGCCAGCCCUGGAACGGCGACAUCAUCGAGGAACCCACUCGCACCGUCUCACAUCACCACCAUGCCGAUGAGCACGAACGUCCCAGCACCGCUAAAUCCGUCGUCUUUGCUACUAGCCAUGGCCGCGAUAACACUGCAGAUCUGGAUGAAAAAGCCUUGCUGCGUGAAGUCGACCCUAUGCCUGAGCAGGAAGACGGCGCACGUGCAGAAGACGAGGCACACAGGGCUGAUAUCAUGGCUACGACGCACUCCCGCGGCCUCGACCUCGGCGAGUCUUUGUUCACUGAGAGUUCAGAGUGGGCGCGGGCUAGCGAGGAUCAAAGUAGCAGCAGCAGUAGUGAAGACGAGCAAAGUGAAGAGUAUGAGGAAGAUGAGGAAGAAGAAGGUGAAGAGUCUGGCUUUUACCAUUGA